UCAGAUGACUUGGGACGCCUUACAGAUGACAGCUGGCUUAAGCUUAACGGAAUAAACAAUUACGCAGAACACGUUAUGCGUCUGGAGGGCUCCGAGAAGGGGCAUGCGAAAAAGAACAGGAAGGAAUUCAGUUCAUCCCGGCACAAAUCAUCUAGCUGACACAGUUAUCUCCUGAGAUUUCCCCAACACUAUUUCUCAACUUUUCCCAAGCAUUCCGGUUCCAAACAAUUAGUUUUGGUCGUCCAGUCCAAAGUGCAAUUGUACCGUUUCAUAAAUAAAUUGGUACAGCAAAACGCCUUCAGAUAAGCAAUUCAAUGCAUCUUCAUUCAACCGGCUCAAGCUGUUGUGUAAUAAAAUCCCGCCGUGACUUGGCAGAAAGAAUGUCACAUGGUUUUCCAGCAAGUAGAUCUAUUCAUGGAUAGAUGGCAGCACAAUCGUUGAAUUAGCAGACGAAAACACUUUUCGGCUAUUGGCCGUCAAGCACGUGAAAAAAUAGAAAUUUUACCGGUAUUUCGGUAAAAAUUUUUUCGACGACUUCCGUUAAUUUCCCCUCAACAUUAAUUGUGCCAUAUCCAAAAAUGUCUUACUGUAAAGAAGAAGGAAAAGACAAGAUUGUCUUUUUAACGCCAGAGGAUUUGCAAAAACCUAGUACUGUCACUUUUCCUGCUGAAGAUGAACCACCUGGUCUUAUGCUGCCGAAUGGUGAAAUCAAUUGGGAAUGUCCGUGUUUAGGUGGAAUGGCUACGGGUCCAUGUGGAGUUGAAUUCCGAGAAGCAUUCAGUUGCUUCCAUUAUAGCACUACUGAACCAAAAGGCAGCGAUUGUUUUGAUUCAUUUAAAGCCAUGCAAGACUGUAUGUCUAAUUAUCCUACUUUAUAUGGAAAUGACGAAAAACCGGGAGAAGAAGAAGAAGAAGAAGCAACGAAAAAUGAGAGUGACGAGUCAGCGCCCAAAGAUUCAAGUUCCGAAGUGAAAUCGAAAACAUGAUGCCGAUACGAAUCUAGUACCACAAAUUGUAUCUUAAUUUGCUGCGUCUCAUUUAAUAGCAUUGCAUAAAUAGUAAUUUCUUA